UAAAUCUUGACGUGGCAUCACCAGUAGCGCAGCUAGCGCUUGUCAGUCUCCGCCUUUAUCGGCCCAGCGCGGUGUAAACUCUCUUUUAUGGGUUUAACUCUCCAUUAAUUCACCGCACCAAACAUGUUUACGUUCUCGGAACUCAUCGUUCUCCUUUGCGCGUUGUCCUACACGGCGAGCGGCUAUUUUGUGAGCAUCGACGCGCACGCGGAGGAGUGUUUCUAUGAGCGCGUGAACUCGGGCACGAAGAUGAGCCUGAUGUUUGAGGUCGCCGAGGGAGGAUUUCUGGACAUCGACGUCAAGAUAACGGGUCCAGACGGGAAGCAGAUCUAUAAAGGAGACCGUGAGUCCAGUGGGAAGUAUUCUGUAGCCGCUCACAUGGACGGAACCUACAAGUUCUGCUUCAGCAAUGAGAUGUCCACCAUGACCCCCAAGAUUGUGAUGUUCACCAUUGACAUCGGCGAGGCGCCCAAAGGACAAGACAUGGAGACAGAGGCUCAUCAGAAUAAGCUGGAGGAGAUGAUUAACGAGCUGGCGGUUGCCAUGACAGCAGUCAAACAUGAGCAGGAAUACAUGGAGGUCCGAGAGAGGAUACACCGCGCAAUCAAUGACAACACAAACAGCAGGGUGGUGCUUUGGUCCUUCUUUGAGGCUCUAGUGCUGGUGGCCAUGACCCUCGGACAGAUUUACUACCUGAAGAGAUUCUUUGAAGUGCGGAGAGUCGUAUAAAAAUCCUGUGUUCUCCAACAAACACAUCGCGUCUGUGAUUUACCAGUUUCACGAAUUGGACGUCCAAUUCAGCAGAUCGGAAGAACUUGGUUGUUUCUCUAGUCCACCAGUCUUUGUUUUUAUUCGCCCCAGUUGUAGACCUUCGUCAUCGUUUUGUUUGCGAAUUGGUUGCGAAUGUUGUUCAUUAAUUGAUUUUUGGUUCGUUUUAGCCCGGUUUUUUUGUACAUUUUAUUUUGAACAGGCGUCUUUUAUUUUAUGUUUUUGGCUUGGUGUUUCUUCUCCAGUACUGUUACAAUUGCACAUUACUAUGAGAAUGAAGUAGAGGUGGCGUUGCUCCAUUGAGAAUGGGGUUUAGGAUUGUAUGGAAUGGCAUGAUGUAAUUAACCAUAACACGAACAGAGCGAAUGGGGAAGUCUGACCGCAAGCACAUUUCAUGUCAUAUUCACUGCUUAUUAUCACAUUUAAUUAUGCCGACAACCUCCAUGGCACAUAUUUAAACCUGAUACUGGUAAAGCAGGAAAACUAAAAUGACUGCUCGGUUCAAUUUGCAGAUUUAUUCUGGUGUGUUUUUAAUGUUUAGGCAGGGUAGGCCCGAUUUCUUUUUCCUUCUCUCUAUCUUCAGUUUCUUCACACGGGAAGUACUUUAUGUAGUUUUGUACAAUUUUUGUUGUCUGAACCAACUCUUACAUGAAUGAUGAAUACUAAAGUUAUUUGGCUAAGACUACUGGGAAAAUGAAAAUAAUAAUAAAAUGAAAAAAAAAAAAAGAGUAAACAUCUGAAGUUCAAUGAGUAUGUCAAGUAUGAGUUUGAUUUAAUAAACAUGGAACAUGUUCUUAAAA